AUGAAGACAAUUGUGCGUUCGGGUUUGAGAAGCCCGAAAUGGUUCGAGGCUCUGGCAAUCGUUGUGGCACCGAAUGGAGAGAGGCCGCAUCUUGAUGAGUGCGUCGCUCGAAUGGUAACCAUAGGUGCUGGAGGGGACGAAGUUCUCCAAUUGGUGGUUCUGGGCCGGCCCGGUGACCGUUUGACACAGGAGUGUCCUUUGGAGUCCGAAUGCCCACUCGAGUUUGCCGGCCUUUUCGAGUGGUCCAGAAGGAUGUUAGUUUACCACGAGGCGAAUGAGCCGCCCAAAUCAAUUGCGGCGUCCAAGUACAUCGAGGGUAUGUUUGCGGACGCCUUGAAGAUGCACCUUCAGUACUCGGGCGCGUCUGCCACCGAUGAAGUAUGGCUGGAAAUCUUCAACAGGAGGCUUUCGCAGGAGCAUUCCGUGAACGUCGAACCAAGGACCUUUCGCUAUGACGACGUCGAAUGCGAGAUGGAGCUAGAAGUGCUAUGUGCCAGAAUGCUGACGCCAGCAGAGCGGGACCAGCUCCGGCCGCAGGUGCCGGAAGACUGGUGGCCUGUCAUCAACAAGUCUGUUUUCGCGGACGAGUAUUCGGACGAGUAUUCGGACGGGUAUCCUGAUGCGGUCUACCCUGGUGGCUGUCAACACUGGUCAUGGAAGAUGAAGUUGGGUACGGGUCUUGCUGUUAGCGGUGUCAUCGGGGGUGCCAUCUGGGCUGGCUUGCACUGGGGGCUGCCGAAGUCCGAUCAGGGCCCUUCGACGUUGAGUGACGGCACCACUUCCCAAUCUACCUUAAAUGACGGCACCACUUCCCAAUCUACUCUGAACUACGACGCAAGUUCCCAAUCGACGUUGAACUACGCCACAACUACCCAAUCAACGCCGAACUCCCAUUCUGCUUCCGAAUUGGCGGGGCGCCACGAGACACUUUCCGAGUCGACGCUGGCCUCCUUGCAACUCGCAGAAGACGUUUGCAAGCGUACAUUCGAAGCCACGUCGAAGCAGAUGGAACCGGCGAGCAGCAAUAGAUGGAUACGGCCAAGCCCGUGCGGCUCCUAUGGUGGCCGAUUGAUUUGCACUUGGCAUAACAAGGCCCCCAGUUGUCACUCCUUUGGCCUUCCCACCAUGUUCGAUUUCACUGCCGUCGGGGAGGCCAUCUGGUACCACCUCAUGCCUGGUAUGUGUGCGGUCGACUGCAACACCAAGCAGGGCAGCGAAAAUCUCGUACUACAGGAAAUCGGAAGGGAGCUGGCCACCGCCACGGUGGGCAGAAAUGUGAGUAACUUAACACCCGGAGAGUUAGUGAGAACCGGGAGGGACGUCCGAAACCUACUCAAACAAGAUAGCUUCUGCUCGCCAGUGGGCAUCAGCAGCGGGUUCUCCUUUGAUCGGUUCGAGGAAGGAAGGCCAAACUGCAACUGCAUCCUUGGAAUUCUCCGAUGCCAUGCGCAAGACGUGGCAGGUAAGGCUGUUAGUUGUGACAGCCUGAUUGGCUUCAACACGGAUGCAGCAAAGUUGUUCAAACAUGCCGCCCUAAUCGUGCGACCGCCCGACCAGAUCCGACGGGGCCUGUGCGACUUCGAAUGCAAGAUUUAUGACCCUAAGGCCGAGGAGACACUACACGAUGGCAUGCUUUCCGAGUCGAGGCUGGGUACCUUGCGAACCGCAGAAAACAUUUGCAAGGUUGCAUUCAAUACCACGGUUGAUCGAAUUGAGCCGGUGAGUAACAAUAGCUGGAUACGACCAAGUCAGUGCGAGGCCAGUGGCCGAUUGGUGUGCACCCAGAAGGACCAACAGAACCCGGCCCCCUUUUGUCACUCCUUCGGCCUUCCCACCAAGUACGAUUACGCUGCCGUCGGUCAGGCAAUCGAGCACUACCUCAUGCCAGGUAAGUGUGCGGUUGAUUGCGAUACACGGAGUCAUAGCGAUGAUCUUCUACUACAGAGAAUGGCAACGGAGCUAGGUGCCACUAUUCUGGGCAUCGACGUAACUACCCUUGAACCCAAAGAGUUGCAGAACGUGGGGAAGCGAGUUAAAGACAGCCUCAAACAGGACGAAUCGUGCUCAGAGUCCUGUAUCAACGACCAGUGUUCAUUGGAUCACUUCGGAACGGAUAAAUCAAACUGCAAUUGUACCCUAGGACAUAUCCAGUGCAAGAUGUACAUUACCGGAAGUGAGGCUUCCGGUUUGGAUGUGCUGGCUGACUUUUAUACGAAUGCAGCCAAACUGUUCAAACGGGCCACUCUAGCAUCGCAAUCAAGCCCUGCAAUCCAAAAAGACCGUUGCGACUUCCAGUGUAUGAUUCCAAAAUAA